AUGCUUCCCUCCCUGAUUCUGCUGGCCCUCGCCUUGGAAGCCACAUGCCAACGCUAUCACAUAGCCGAUGUCGGGCCCUAUGAUGAACUGAGUGCAGAGGAACUCACAACUGCCUACAGAAAUCUCGGCUCUCACCUUGGCCGCGAAUUCACUGGUACUCAUUACUUCUCCCCACAGCGCUCGAACGCAUCCAGUGAUUCAGCUAAUGUCCUUUCCCGAGUUGUUCAUGUUGCUCUUGAAGUUCCUCCUAAGGGAAAUCGUGAGAACGCUCACUUUCCGCGUCUCGCCCGGGUUGCUCUUUACACGCCUGGGGAACCUCAUGUCAUUGAAUAUAACGUAGGAACGAGCAGUAAUAAUGGUACUGUAACACAAGUGAGAUCAAUUCCUUCGAUUAGAAGACCAGUAGAUGAAAUUGAGUACGAUAAUUUACAAAUCUUCCUGCAAAAAUCGUGUUCGGGAGGAUUCAACGAAUUCUUGAUAGGGUAUUACGGAGCGAGUCUUUUCUGCAUGAAUACAAACAAGUCCUGCCUGACAGGAUGUACGGAAAUUACGAAUGACACUGAGAGUCCAGCUAGCUACCCUACGUGUCUUUUUGGCAUGUUUGCCUCACCUAGAGUGACCUUGAAGAAACCUAACAGACGAAUCACACUUUUCAGACUUAAUCGCCUCAUCCCACCCUAUAAUCAACAUCCUAUUGACAUUGAUCAUACAGAAACAGACUCAAAUGCUUGGCAUGUUGAUAGUGUGGUUAUACAAGGGACUGAAUUCGCUAGCGUGGAUGAGUUCUUAACUUAUAUAGCUAGAGACCCAAAUUCGAUCAGAAGGUUAAUAGAGCCUUCAAUGCCAUUUGCACAAUUUCAUACAGUUCAAAUGGGUCCAGACCUAUGUCCUCAGGCAAGUAAUCUCCGUGGUGAUUACCGGGAUGUUUUCAAUGGAUCCAUUGUUAAUAAGCAAGUCCGCUAUGGCCCAUGGAGCUUCCAUUUGGGUGUUCGACAUGAAACUGGACUGAGGAUAUAUGAUGUUAAAUUCAAAGGGGAACUAAUUAUGAAUGAGGUUGGAAUGGAUGAGACAGUAACAAUCUACGGAGGAGAUACUCCAUUCAUGCAGUCGAUGACCUCCUUGGAAUCAAUGUACGGUGUAGGGUCAAUGACCUCUGAACUCUCGCCAGGAAUUGACUGCCCGAAAGACGCCAUCUACCUCUCAGUUCCGAUAAUUCCAAAUCUAAAAGGUGGUGCUAAAACAGUCCACAAUGGAAUAUGCAUUUUUGAAUCGUCCGCAAAUAUUCAUGAUGGCACUAUUCGUAGGCAUUAUCAGGAAUUCGCGGAUGAAAAUCAAUCACCCAAUUAUGGCUAUGGCACUGGAAAGACGGGGAAGUCGUUAUAUGUUGUAACAAUAGCCAGUAUAUACAAUUAUCAAUAUUCCUUUGUGAAUAUAUUUUCACCGACUGGUAGCUAUGCGUGUUACGUUGUACCUUCAGGGUACAUUCAUGUGGAUAACCCCUUCUCCCUUGGACAUAAUUACGGUUUCGUGAAACAACAAUUCGAUUUGAGAUUCAACAUCCAUACACACCAUUUCCUGUUCUUUGUCGAUGCUCUUGGUUCAUAUAACACGGUGGAGCGGGUGAAAGUGUUUGCAGAGAAAGCACGAGAUGGAUUCGCCACGAUGAGUAUGCAAAUUGAACGUCUACGGAGUGAAAGUGAAGGCCGUAUACAAGGAGGCGACCCUCUGACAAAAACCGCGAUUUGUAUAUCCGGCGAGACCGAUCCACGCAGGUGUUUCAGUGUGGUGAAUGUCGCUGCAAUGCCAUCACUUGUGACAACAAAUGCCUCCAGAUCCUUUCCAUGGAUUCGAAAAAGUCUAUGGUUUACGAAGUACAAGACAGAGGAGCUGAGAGCCUCAUCAAUUUACAAUGGUGUCGAUCUGACCAACCCGGUUGUCGAUUUUGCCACCUUCAGCAACGAUGAAUCUCUUGAAGGGGACUCUAAGUUUGGCGCUUCUAAAGGGAAAAACAAAAGAGAUUCGCAUAUCAAGUGUCGAGUGACUGCGAUUCUGCCGAAACUUGCUUUCAAUGGGCUCAACUCAAAACGCCUGGAUGACGUGGGUGAUGUUCGACCUGUUGCCAUAUUGGCAGAAAGUAUCACCGGAGAUCGAUGGGGUGCGGGCCAAAUAAAUCGGAUGUCGAUAGCAAAAGAUGUUGUAAUGUGGAUAAACGUGGGUUUUCUGCACAUCCCGGUAAAUGAGGACGUUCCACUUACUCCGAGCAAGAACAGUCAACUUGGCUUCUUACUCACACCCUCCAACUUCUUCCCCCACGGCCCUGAUAGCCUAGACAAAAAUGGCCUCGUUUUCACCGCAAACGUAAAUAAUUUAUUUCAAAUGGCAGGCUUUAUGCUAUUUAUCAUUAGC